GGAGGACGGGCCGGCAUGGCCGGGAGGGGCGGCAGCACCUCCCCGCCGCCGGGGCCGGGGGUGGGGGCAGAGCGGCGGCGGCGGCAGCAGCCCCAGCCCCAGGAUGCGCUGCCCGGCCCCGGCGCCGCCGGUGCCCUGCGAGGGGCAGAGCGGCGGCAGCGGGCGGCGGGGAUGGAUGCGGCCCCGCGGCGCUGCCGCGGCUGCUGCCGGCGGUGGCGGCGGCGGCUGCGCGGGCGGCGGUGGGCGCUGGCGGCCGGGCUGCUGGGCGCCGCCGCCGCGCUCGCCCUGUACUCGGCGCUGCCCGAGCCGGCCGGGGCGGACGGCGAGGCCGUGACCGUGCUGCUGUGGUGGGAGCCCUUCGGCCGCCCGCGGCGCUUGCCUGACUGCCGGCGGCGCUACAACAUCAGCGGCUGCCGGCUCAGCGCGGACCGCAGCCUGUUGGGCGAGGCGCAGGCGGUGCUGUUCCACCACCGCGACCUGGCGCGGCACGGCGCCGAGGGGCUGCCCCGAGGGGCCCCGCCGCGGCCCCCGCGCCAGCGCUGGGUGUGGAUGAACUUCGAGUCGCCGUCGCACUCGCCCGGUCUGAGGGGGCUGGCCGGGCUCUUCAACUGGACCAUGUCCUACCGCCGCGACUCCGACGUGUUCGUUCCCUACGGGUACCUGUACGUGCCGCCGGCGCCUCGGCCCUUCGUCCUGCCCCGCAAGACGCGGCUGGUGGCCUGGGUCAUCAGCAACUGGAACGAGGAGCACGCCCGGGUGCGCUACUACCGCCAGCUGAAGGAGCACCUGCCCAUCGACGUGUACGGGGCGCGGGGGCUGGCGCUGGCCGAGGGCGGCCUGGUGGAGACCGUGUCAGCCUACAAGUUCUACCUGGCCUUCGAGAACUCCCAGCACACCGACUACAUCACCGAGAAGCUCUGGAGAAACGCUUUCUCUGCCAGCGCCGUGCCCGUCGUCCUCGGACCCCGCAGGGCCAACUACGAGCGCUUCAUCCCCCCCGAUUCCUUCAUCCACGUUGACGACUUCCCCAGUCCCCGGCUGCUGGCCACCUACCUGAAAUUCCUCGACAAGAACAAACCCAGCUACAGGCGGUACUUUGCCUGGAGAAAGAAGUACGAAGUCCACGUCACCUCGUUCUGGGAUGAGCAUUUCUGCAAGGUCUGCGAGGCUGUUAGGGCAGCUGGGAAUCAGAUCAAGACUGUUCGAAAUCUGGCCAGCUGGUUCGAAAGCUGAUGUUCCUGGCGGGCGAGGUGUGCCUGGACAGCCUGGGCCAAGCAUCACGGUGUCGGGAAGGAUGGGUCUCCCAGAGAUCGUGAGCCCAGGUAGUCGGCAUCAGCCACACAAGGCUGGCACCAGUUGGAGAAGCAUACAGGUACAGGAAAAUAAGCUGUGAAACGCCUACCAAAGGAAGAUUUUUUUAUUAAACAGAAAAUUAUGAAGAUACAAAGAGACAUUAUGCCAGAUGAUUCCUAAAGAGCAAAGUUACAUUUCCAGAAGUUGUACUGUUACAGAACUUUUGAAGUUUUGCACAGCUCAACAUAAAUAUCCGAUGCCAAAUUCCUCAGCUGUGCAGCUGAAACCAAUUUUGAUGGCUAUGACAACUUCCUGGACCGUGAAGCUUUCCUCUGCUCACAGAGGAUACGUGAUCAGUGCUGGGUUUCUGUAAUACUAAGACAAAAAUGAAUGUUUUAAACUGUUUUUUAUGCGUGUAAAAGCUAUUUACAGACAAAUUCUGAGCCGCAAGUGUUGAAUGUAAGAAUCUUAUGAUACAGUAGCACCUUUUAGCAAUGCUUGAAAUUGCAGAAGCCCGCUAAUAAUGCUUUGAACCAAAUAAUUGUUCCGUUUAGGAAAAAGUGUAUGAAGGGGACUGAAUCUGAGUGGACAAACAGCUCAGAUGAUGUAAAGUAUUUCUCCUACUACUUGCUGAAACCAUAGGCAUGUUUAUCCUGUAUGAAAGUAGAGUAGAACUUUAAGUACAGGAAAGCUGAGACUGUAGGGAAGAAAGUUGGAACACUUCCAUCCUCCCUUUAUUCAGGAAUUAGAAAAUGUUUACAGGUAUCUGCAUGUUUUUCUCUGCAAAAUUAUUGCCAUACAGGAAAAUGCAGGGAAAGGCUCAGAAUGGCAGGGAUUUUAUUACUGUAGUAAGUAUAUAUACAGAAAGGCUAACUUUUUGCUCAAGUAUCAGUAGACAGUGCUGUGGUGUAGCAACUCUUUUGGUUUAUGGCAUGCGUUUUUAAAAAUUGUGCUGGGGGACAGACUAGUCAGAAUGCUGUUUUGUUGUUUUUAAAAUAAUAAUUACCAAAAAAAUCCCCAAACUCCCAAAUCACUUCCAUUCAAAAAGAAAAUUACUGUGGAGAAUAAGAUCCACACUUUUGGUAAAAUACAGUUUUUGUGCGAAAAGACUAUAAAAAGGGAAGGAUUUCCUAUUUCCUCUUCCUUAGGUUUUCUGGCUCAGUGUUUUAAUCAAUAAAUAGGUUCUUAAAGUAGAACUCCCUUCACUCAGUGCCUGUCAGGAACAUUUACAUAGUUCUUCCCUUUUAGACUCCCACCUUUUGCUGUAGUAGUGGGUGUGUGGUUACUUUUUGGUUAUGUGUAAUCUUGCUCAGCCAAAGCCAGAAAGAAACUUCAGUUACCAUUACACAUCCUUGCCAUGCUCAACCUCCCUGUCCUCUGCAGCUAUGAAGUCUGGUGGCAAAAAAAAGACAAUUAUAAGAGACCUGGCCAAAUGAAUAAAGUAUUCAUUCCGCUGCUUUUUAGUCCAUGGAGUUACUCAGAGUCUUCAUUCAGAAUAAAAUCAUGGGCACAGAACAGGUGGGAAAAGAAGAAAGUCAGUGGCAAAUAAAAGAUGAGCAUCAGAACAGGCAACCUCACUGGCAUUUGGGAGUCAUAUUUAGGUUAGGAAAGGAUUAGAUUUGAUUUAAGCUGUAUGGGAUGUUGGAUGAGUGCUUUUAAGAUGUAUGAGCUGGCAGUCCACUGUAAUUUAUUUCAAGUUAGAUGUUCCCCCUGAUUAGGUAAGCAUGAAGCCAAGGAUUAUUGGAAAAAACCUAAUAAUAAUGAAGUUCAUUAAUAAUUUGUACAGUUUUGCCGGUUCAAAUCUUGCAUGCUUCUGCAAUUAUUCCCUUCUGCUUUUGUUCAAGGAGGGUUCGCUGAAAGUACUUGAUUAACCUUUUUGUUGUCAGUGCCAGGGUUGUUGUAGAGUAUUUAUUGGGAAGGGAGUAAAAUCAAUCUAUGCAAUGUGGGAUAUAGUAGGAAUGAUUCCUAAUGCUGCAUUUUCACUUCAAGAGGUAUAAAGUGAUUGUUUAAGGUAAAACAGUGUUCUUCAUGGCAUGGUCAUCUGUUUCUCUCUCAGUAGUUACUACUCCCAUAAUACUGGAUUUGAUAUUUUUAAAACUGCAAUUUAGGUAUAAUAUUAACAGUAAUAUCUAAGUGUCAGGAUGAUAAGCACCCUCUUUUCCUUUGAAUUUUUUUUUCUGUUCAGUUUUUUUCAGAAUUCACAUAACUGUAUACAAAACCCCAAUCUUAAAAGUGAUGAAAUAAUAUUUAAGAUUGGCACUACUUUUUAUCAGUCUGCUGAAACUAGUGCAUUUUUUUUCAGUUUUCCUAAUAUUUUUAGCAUUUUGUGAAAGCUUCCAGGCACACAGUUCUUCUGUGCAAUCAUUAGUAAUGCCAUAUGAAGAUGAUCAGGCUACAGGAGCACGGGAAUUUCUGGAGAUCGCAAACAUUAAUAUUUUUUCUCAGCCUCUCUGAAAAAAAAAAAAAAGAGUUGAAAUAUUUGAGGAAAUAUUUUUGUAAAAUUCAGAAAAGAGCUACAAAGCAAUUAAAACAUUAUUUGUGUAAAGUGAUCAGAAUUGCACGGUGUUUGUAAAUUGCACAUUGAGGAUUUUCAAGAACUAUAUGGUGAAAACUGCAGAUUUGUAAUAAUUAUUACAGAGCACUUGCAUUGGGAGAAGAGGAGCCUUUUCUAAUUUCAUAAUUCUUACUUGGGUGUUGCAAAUUUGUGGCUUUCCAUUUGGGAGGAAACUCAGCCCAGGCCUAUAGCUGCUGAAGUCAGUAUUAAAGAAUUUCUAUCAAUCUCUGGGUUUUGGUCAUCCACAUCAUGAGCUAAUAGUGUACUGUUACAAAGGACCAGCUCUUGUAAUGCACUUUGUGGAGCUCUACUUCAAUGAUAAAUAUAGAGUUUGCCCGAACAAACUGGUUUGUACAUUGGGUACCAGACACCACAAGGCAUUACAGAUGAUGUAUACAAUCCAGUUGUAAAAAUUGGGGAAAGCUAUCCUCUGUUUUAAGUAGAAACAUUUCCUUGAAUAUGUUUUGAAAAAGUUUUUAUUCUAUGCCUUAAAAUAUUGGGGGGUGGAGGGAGAGAAAGGAAGAUCAUUAUCUUCUGGGUUUUAUAAGGAGAAGAAUUACCAUUACUUUUUGAUUAUGAUGUAAAUCAAAUAGAGAAUUAUGUGAUCCCUCAAAUUGCAUAUUGUAUCUCAGGGAAUUUUAUACUGUAAGGUGUCUUGAUCUUGAUAGAAUGAAGUAACUUUAUAUUAAUUAUAUACAUUGACACUCAAUAAAAUUAAAGGAAGUAGUGCAAAAGAA